AUGCAGAGCCGCCUCAACGCGCCGCGGAUCCUGCAGGUCAAAAAGGUGGUCAACUACUGCGUCUCAAAGCUGGCUGAGCUCAGCGUGCCCCUCAUGCCCCUGGACGUCACGUGGGACCCCGACAGCCGCCUGCCCCCGCCACAGGACCGCUUCAUGUUCCAGGGGCAGGAACAGCAGCAGGGGCAGCAGGAGGGCACCGGCAGCGCGGAGGGGGCGGAUCAGCAGCAGCAGCAGCAGCAGGCGCCGGGGCCGCGAUUGCAGUACUUGGAAUUGACGUGCAACGGAAUGGCGGUGCCCUGCGAGCUGUCUGUGGCGGCCGUCAAAAAGUUCAUAUGGCGCCGCAGCGACGACGUGCUCUUCAUCUAUCGGGUGCUGGACCCCGCCAGCCCGGCGCCCAUGCCCGUCAUAGGGCCGCCCGCCGCUUGA